CAUCCUACAGCAACAGCCAUGUCCGCCAUCACCCUGCCCCCCACGUUCCCCGUCGUCGGCCUCGGCGCCGCCGCCAUCUGCUUCCUCCAGUUCUUCCAGAUGGGCGUCGUCGGCUCGGCGCGCAAGGCGGCCAAGGUGCCCUACCCCAACCUCUACGUCUCGGACGCCGACGCCAAGGCCGACCAGAACAAAUACAAGUUCAACUGUGCCCAGCGCGCGCACGGCAACACGCUCGAGAACGUGCCCUCCGUGAUCGCGCUGUUCGGCUUCCUCUCCGUCUUCCACCCCAUCGUCGCCACCUCGGCCGUUGUCGUCUGGGUCUUCGGCCGCGUCUUCUACACUCUCCAGUACGCCGCCGGCAACCCCGCCAAGCGUAACGGCGGUGUCGCCAUCUCGCACUACCUCGGCAUCCUCACCCUCCUCUUCGGCUCGCUCUACGUCGCUGUCACCAAGUCGAUCGAGGUGUUCGCUUAAUCCCGGGAUCUAGUUGUGGAAUGUAUGCGUGUAGAAGCCGGUGUCGUAGCCGACGGCGUGUGCGAGUGAUGGCCGAAGGGCGAGG